CUCUCCGGAAGUGGAAUUACUGUCGCUAGUAGCAAGCUGGAAAACAGGCGCUAGCGCCGCUAGCAUCGCGGACACUAUCAACGAUUACGGACCAUAUAUUGACAAAAUAGCUUAAAUUUAAUACACGAGAAUAUCUCAAUCCACUCUCUCUCGUAAUUUAGGGUAACGUAAGUCACUUUCUUGUGGCGAACGUUAUGCCUUAUGUAUUGUUUAAGGUGAAGUUUUAUUCUUAGCAUUAGCCUCUGAGGAAAGGUCUGACUGUCAGACAUGGAGACUCGGGGUAUUGAAGACAUGUUUGAUUUCCAUCGGUAAGUCAGUAAAGGACAGCAGGCUUUUUAAAAGUACGUUUCAGUUUACACCAGGUAGUAUGUGCUGUAGUACGAGUCAGGGUUUUCCUGAUGGAUCAAGAAGUCCUGUACUGAGAUUUCGGGGACGUCCACUGUGGAGCUAACUGGCCUAGUCAAAGCCAACGACGAGAUUUCUACGUUUUUUUCUAAAAACAGGAGCCUUAUUAACCCAGUUUGGCUUUAUAUUGGUGAAAAUAACUGUAAAGUGUGAUGUAUUUGUAUUUGUAAAAAUGUAUCAUGAGACUGCGCAGUAUCAGAGUACAUAUCGUAUCAACUAGCCAGCUCAGCGGUGGAUCUCUAUUAAACUUAGUUCAUAAUUCAUAACAUACAAGGUGGUGUGGGGCCUCCAGGGGCCGCAGGACUGACUAUGUAGUAGGAUUUAAAAAUAGAGAAAUAGAGAUUUUAUGCCAGUUAGUUGCUGUGCUGUCCAGCACCUGUCUAACAAUAAGUAGUGACACGUGUAAUAACGAUCUGAAAGCGGAGCUGCGGAUGUUGAUGAUCUGCCUGACUGACAUUGAGUGUUAAAGUCACCGUGACCGUGUGUCUAACACUCAAUUUAAAGAAAGACUCAUAAGUCACAAUAAUACACAAAACUCUUUUAACAGAGCACAAAUUAUUAUUUUAGGGUCAAUUUAGAAGAAUCUUGGUGCACCACAAUUUGACAUUUACACGAACACUUCAAAACGACGAGAAUGUAAUCUCUAGUUUCCUGUCUCUGUGAAAACAAAUAUAGCAGUGUUUGUGUGUUUUCAUAUUUUUGCACUUUUAAUCACCUAUUCGCAUUAACAGCAACAUCUUGUCAUCUCUCAGCACAAAUAAGAAGUAGAGCCCACUCAAGUCUUGCAUUGGAAACAAACAGUAUUUCUCUGUUUACCUGUUCUCUGCAUCCUCAGCCAAACAUGAAUAUUAGUUUGAGAUUUGAUGGUGUUUUUGGCUGUCAUCAUGAUAUUAUGUUAUCACAUUAUAGUUUAAAACAUUUCAUGUCUCAGCAAAACCGUUGUCAUGAUAACUGUUGGUAAUUGACAACUUUUCAUGACUAUUUUUUUUUACGUCCAAAAUCAUGUUCGUGUAUAAAUACGUGAAUUUUGUCAGGUUAGAUGUCUUAUCCAUUAAAAAUCUUUAUGUCUUUCUGUUGAGGGUUAACAAAGUAUCUCACACAUGUCACUGUUUGCUGUUUUAUAAUAUGUAACAGACUCUGAAAUGAAAAAUAGCAGCCGGUGGUUAAUUUAGUGAUGUAAUCCGACUGCAUGAAAUAUUAACCUGAUGCAGUUCAGCAGGAUUUUGCAUGGAAGUUGUCCUGUUGUUUCUUUCUUAUUAAACUGAAUUUAUUGCUGUAGGCGCUUUUCUUUCUCUAGAGUCCCACAGUACUGAGAUUGAACAUUUUUAACUUUCACUGAUUGCACUUUUCUCUCUCUCUUUCUUUACACAGGUUACCCAGAGAUACAGUCAUCUUUUUGCUGUUGCUGGUCUACUUCCCUGUUGGCAUUUGUUUGAUGUUCAUACGGAUCUUUAUUGGUGUCCAUGUGUUUUUGGUCAGCUGUGCACUUCCUGAAAGCUUCAUCAGACGGCAAGUAUUUUAUUAAAUCUAUAUGAACAAAUUUUAGCAAAGCUGUUUUGGUAUUUAUAUAUUUGUUAUGAUGGUAUUAUUACACAGAAGUGUAAUAGUGGAUAUAAGGAAAAACAAUCAAAGAGAAAUCCCUCUCCAAGUGUAUUUGUUAACUGUUUGUAUUGAGUGUAUUAGCUACAGGAGAAAGACAGCCCCUGAUCACACCUGUCCAUAUCUCUUUUCAUGUUUUCAGAUUCAUCGUCAGGAUAAUGUGCUCAGUCCUGGGGAUGCAUGUGAGGCAAAGAAACCAGCGCUCCAGGGACAAGAACACUAAGCUGUAUAUAUGCAAUCACGUGACAGACUUUGACCACAACAUCAUCAACCUUUUGACCCCUUGCAACACUGUGAGUGUUUGACUUUUGUGUUAAUCAAUGAUAAGUAUCAUAAUCAAAUGAUAUUGGCUCUUGACUUUGUCAGAUUACUACUAUACUGCAGUUAUGUUGUUGUUAAAUGGACAUUUCACAUAGGAGUGUAAAUGUCUGCACCCUAGCUACAGUGUUUAAUUUGAACUAUCAAUGGUUUUAAGCCACCCACCGGUAGGGUUGGGUAUCGAGAAUCGAGAAUCGAUGGGAAUCGAGACUAAAACUUCGAUUCUUUUGGUAUCGUUCAAAUAUAAAAAUUUCGAUUCCAAGUUUCGAUGCCGGAGUCUGCCGACCGGAAGAAAUAGCCGCCGAAAAUCAACGAAGAAGAAGCCGCUUAACACCAACGAGGACGGAGCGUAUGAGACGAAGCCACACAGAAAGUGAAUAGAGACAGAGAGAGAAAGUACAUUGCAACCCACAGCAAUGCAGCCGCUGUGGGUUACAAUGUAAUCUCUCUCUGUCUCUCUCCUCUCUCUGUGUGACUUCGUCUCAUACGCUCCGUCCUCGUUGGUGUUCGGCAGCUUCUUCUUCGUUGGUCAAAAGUUUGGCUAACUUUAGCAGGAAGAAUGAGCUCUUAUCUCAAUGCAACAUUAGCAAUACAGUUAUAUCAUGCAAAGGAGGGUAAACGACAAACAUGAUUAAACACCUCAGGAUUCAUGGAGGAGAAAUACCCGAGUGCUCGUCUUUGACGCGCUUCGCCGGUGUUAUGCCAUAGAAUGCACCCCUGCUGUUGAAUGCACCCCUGACGGGAGCGCGGUUGAAAGUACACAACAAGGCGAAACAAUCCAAGUUUUCCUUACCGUUGAACGGAAUCUAAAGCGUGUGCCUUUAAUGAUUUCAUUCAGGCUAUUCAGAUAUGCCGAAAACAAUAGCCCUCUGAUUCUGAAUAUUUACUGUCCGGAAAAUAUAAUGUUCUCUACAUUAACAGCUUACUGUACAGUUUAUAUACCCAAGUACACCUCUAUGUGUGCGUUUCUGAGACACAGAAAAACGAAACGAAAGUUUACUGCUCCAUUUGACAUGUUGUCAUGAUCUAAUACUCGUGUUUUUUUAAAUAUGAGAUCAUUGUCUUCCACUUUAAGAAGCUAAUCAGUGGAGGGGAGGCAUUCUACGGCAGGGGUGCAUUCUACAGCACAACACCUGUCUUCCGCUAACCAGUCAGGAUCAGAUAAGUGAAACAAUAAAUUACUUCUGUCCUCUGCUAACUUUGAAGCGGUAAACAAAUUGCACUGAGUACGGUGGGUCAACUUAAAUAUCCAACUAACGUUAGCCCUUGUGCUUUUUCAUAGACAAACGACCUGACAACAAAAAAUGAUAUUUAUAUACUGGUUGAAAAUGUGAGAAAUUCAUAGUAAAGUUCCUAAAAAGUUAAUAUGAUUUAAAAAUUCAUGGAGAAGUUCAGAAAUUACAUCCAAAAAGAAGAGCUCCGGUUAGCGCCCUCAUUCAAACCAUGCUUUUUUUUAAUGAUAUCCUGCCUUUUAAAAGAAUCGAAAUAAAGAAUCGAUAGGAAUCGAAAUCGAAAUGAGGAAUCGAAAUCGGAAUCGGAAUCGUUCAAAAUCAAACGAUACCCAACCCUACCCACCGGUGCAGACCUAUGAAAUAAAUGUUAAGUGUGUCUUUCUUUUUGCGUUUUUAUUUGUGUGAAUAACUGGUGCGCAGUGGUGCGUGAAGAACUUAAAAUUUGUCAUGUUUAGAGUCCAGAGGUCCCAUUUACGAUUGUUUCCCUCACAUAGAAAGACCGAAAAAGCUACUAGUCGUGAUACAUGAAGUUAAAGCUGAUAGGAGAAUGUGUGCACCAGUUACCACACUGACCUGAGUAUUAGCAGUUAGGAGGUGCAGGAAAUGAUUACACAUAGUGCAGUGGUGAAAUGAAGUGUAGAGGGAUGUUUCACACAAACUGAAUCUACCAAAGUAUCUCAACUCAACUUAAUUUGUAAAGCACUUUAAAACAACCACGGCUGAACAAAGUGCUGUACAUAAAUAGACAAAACAACGCAGAUGUAAAAAACAAUUAAAACAAUGGAUAAAAUAAAAGCAGAAUUAAAAAGUAAAAUAUAGUUUCAAUAUUUUUAAAAACAGAAACAAAUAACUAAAAACAAACCAUAAAACACUAAAAGAGGAGCCGAGUCUCAUGCAGGGUUAAAAGCCAAUGAAUAAAAAAUAAAAAAUCUCAUGUGAAGCAGAGAAGAGGACCUCCCCUUAACCGGCGAACAAAGAUCUAAUUUUUAGUUGUUUUUUAUGUUUUUGUUUGUCAGACACACACAGGGCUCCUUACUGUGCUCUCAUCAUCAGCCACCUCAUGUACUUCACUAUCAGCACAUAUUUAACAAACUGAUUUUGUCCCAAAGGAAAGUCAUUUGCAUUUGUCACACAGUCAUUACACAUCAAGUUUGCUAUAAUUCUCACACCUUCAUCAAAAGCUCAAAUUUCACUGAUCAGACCUCCUUUAAAAUGAAGUAAACACAAGAUACUUUAACCUACAACUGUAAAGCAGGGAAGUCUGCUUGAUUAACAAUAACAUCUUUACCGUAUGCGGAGAGUCAGUGACAAUUAUAAUAGUGCAGUGACACUCUUGAAAAAUGCUGCAUUAUGGAUACUCUGACACUGCUGGAGGACAGUAAAUGUAGCAGCAACAAGAUGUUACACUUUUUUCCUUUGUUUUCCUUGUUUUUCUUUCGAUUACGACCAGGAUUUGCUUAUCUAUGUGCGUCUUAUUCAGAGUGUGCACUGAAUUGGUGUAAGAAGGUAAAAUAAGAGGCUUGAUAGGAGUUUUUUUUUUGCACAUCAGUUUUGUUUUUUUUUGUUGGCAUUUUUGCUCAAGAAUGGAUUCUGCACUCUGCUUUAGAAAUAAGACCCCAGAACAAUUUUUUGUCCGAUCUUAGGCAUUGUAUUUUACGAGAUCAUGCUAUGACUGUGUUGAUACAGUUAAUCAAGUUUGCUCCUCUUCUCACCAGCCCCAGUUAGAGGGCUCGACAGGCUUUGUGUGCUGGGCUAGAGGCUUCAUGGAAAUACAUUCAGCAUCAGUCCAAGGAACGAUGACAGAGUCUCUGCAGAGAUACUGCUCCAGUGACGGCAUCCCGCCUUUGCUGCUGUUUCCUGAAGAGGACACCACAAAUGGUCGUGCUGGCCUGCUCAAGUUCAGGUUAGUGUCAACAUUUCUGAUGGGAGAUCUUAGUGUACCGAAAAUAUGGAGGAAGUUGUCGACUAGUUUACUUGACCGGCAUUGCCUGUUUAAUGGUGCUGCUCACAGUGUUUCUUCUCAAGUUAUCUGCUGAUCCCCUUCAAUAAUAAUACAGCUGCCUGUAGAUGGCAGUGAGCAUAUUGAUUUAUUUUUGCAAUUACAUCUCAACAUUUUGCACUGAUGUCCACACUUUUGUUAUUACAUGUUAAGAGUUUUUUGUAUUAUUCUAUUGUGGGCACUGGAAAUGGGAGAAGCUCUACAAUUUCGCUGUACAACUGUAUAAAGACAAUAAAGAACAUUCUAUUUUAUUCUAUUCCAAAUCAUCUAAAACUUAUAUUUUGUUCAUUGUGAACAGCCAUAAAGCCACAUAUUUUAAAUGUUAUAACUCAAAACAUUAUUUUCAUAAACAAAAUUAAUGCUCCAGUUUCACUUGAUGCCAGAAAUAAAUUGGAACAAGCACAACAAAACCCUGAAAUGGUAAUGCUUAAGAAAAAACAAAUGAGAUUAGUCUGAAACAGGUUAGUUACAUGAUGGUAUAACAGGAUUUCAGAGAGACUGACUCUCUCAAGAUUAAAGCUGAGGGACUGUGUGAGUGAGUCAUUCAACAAUUUCAGGUUAAUAGUUCCCAGUAUGAGAUGGUAAAAAUGUGGAUACUUUGUCAGCUACACGAUAUCGUUAAAAGAUUCACAGAAUCAGAGGAAAUCUCCACACCAAAGAGGUGAGGCUGAAAGACAUACACCAUGACCAUGAUAUCUGGGCCCUCUGGCUGCACUGCCUUAAAAAUAGAUUUGUAAACGAAGGCAUGGGCUCGAAAUAAACUCUACAACUACAGCAGAUGCAAGUGUUGUUUACUCAUCUGUCAUCUUGUUUAUAUCAGCAGCUCUGAAGUAGAAGAGUCUGGGUGCAAAACGGAUCUGUCAGCAGUCCAGACUUGUCACCAACUGAGAACUUUUAGUCGUCAAUGAAAUAAAAAAUAUGACAAAAGAUGGAAACCCCAAAUUAUUGGGCAGCUGAAAUCCUUAAUCAGAAAAGAGUGGGGAAAAAUGUCCCUUUGGAAACAAAAUGACCAAUCAGGAAGUACUCAGCAUCAUAUCAGCAUUGACCCUCACAAGGCUGACAUCACUGUUAUCUUUCCAAAUGAAAACACGUUUUUACAUCCCCAAUGACAGCAGGUCAAAUCUGCAACAGUUACCUGCUUGUGUUCAAUAUCAAUUCUGUCAAUAAUAUUUAUUAUUGCCUCUGAUACAAGUCUGCUUUAUUUUAACCACAGUAUGAACCUUACAGCUUUAUAAUUUAAGAUAAAAACCCAGGCUUCCUUCAUGGCAGUGUUUUACUGAGAAAAAUCUUUUUCUUUAAACAUUUCUUUAAUAAAAUAUUCACUCAAGUAUAGCUACCUUGUUUCUCACUUGGUUGUAUUAUUAUAUUGUCUUAUUUAUCCUUUGCAUCAAAAACAACAGUAUGAUAUUGGCGUCAGAAAUCGGUUUCUGCUUUAGUGGUUGAAAGACUGGAAUUGGUUGACGUACCAUUCAGGACUCCUCGGUCCCCAAACAUUUACACAGAGGUUCAAAAAGAAAAGGUGAUACCACACAGUGACGAACAAACAUACUUCUGUCCAGACCUUUUUGAAACUGGUUCAACAAGCUAGGAUGAUGAGCAUUUAUUUUCCCAAAACAGUCACAUUUCCAGUGUCAGCAUUUGACAUUUCACUAUUUUAAAUUUAAUGUAAGGUUUUCAAGACUUCAUCGUUUGUGUGUUAAGUGUUUUUAUCAAUCCUACAGUGAAAUUAAUGUAUUGCUUAGAAGCUCGAGAUGUAAGAGGGUUAAAUAUGUCAACUUCAUGGUGAAAAUGAGCUUUUACUUGAGCAGCUACUGCAGAUCUUCAGGACAGCCUUUUUUUGACUGAGCAUUUCAAGAGUCCUUUUUUUUUUAAAUCAAGAUCCAAGUUUUAAUGCUUGAGAAAACCUCAGCCGCAGGACCAGUCUUCUCGAUGACAUUCAUACAUUUACAGACAUUUACAAGGAUACCAGCUGAGAAGUAUUUUCAAAGCAGCUAACCUGCUGACAGCUCUGUCAGGGAUGAUCAUUAAAAUUCAGACAGUUUGACAAGUCUGAAGGUCUGAAAAUAAGAUGAAAAUAAGGAUCUAUUGAAGAUUUGUGGAAAGAACAACAGCAGCAAAAUGGAUUAACUUCAACAACAACAACUUUGAGGAUCAAACAGUAAAAUGUAGUUUACUGUGUAGAGACCCCUAAUAACAGGAUAUUCUGACGCUUGCUUGCAGUGUACUUCAAUUUGUAAUAGUUCACCAGACAUUUUAAUGAGCAGACCCGAGCAAAACCCUUAAAUGAAGCACUCUGCUGCCACUAUCUGUUUUCCCCCUGACUUUUAAAGUUCACUUCAAAUAAAUCAAUCUAACCUGCUUUUCUCUCUUUCCAAUUUCAGCUCCUGGCCCUUCUCUCUGACUGACUCCAUUCAACCUGUGGCCUUACGAGUGACCAGGCCACUGGUUGCUUUGGUAAUAUUAAUUACAUUUCCACUGUAAACUGUAGAGCAGAGUGGUACAUAAUUAAAAUAGGAUUAUUGUUAAUGAAAAACAUGUUGUUUUAAGAUUUAAUUCCCGCACAGUAUAUGUCGAGUGUUUUGUAAAUGGUACAAAAAUAAAGGAAACUCUGAAAUGUUGAAACAUGCAGAGAGAAAAAUAAAACCUCUGCAGCAGACAAUGGAUUUCUGAUUUUUCAAUUUGCCUUAAAGCACGAUGAUUAGUGCUGCUUCUUAAAUGUAAGCCGGUCAUCUCAGGACCAGAAAUAACUGUUUUGUGUUGCUGUGUGCAGCUCCAGCUAAAGAGAGGCUUUUACAAUCACUGCGGAUAUUUUUAAUUGAUUGGCAGAUUAUUUACGUACAUGUCCAUACAGUCUCCUUUGUUGUCUGCUUACACAUAGAUUAAUGAGAAAAGCAUCUCAUACUGAAUUAGAACCACACUGAUUGACUUAACUUUGUUUCGUCUGUCCACAGAAUACACCAGAGUCAAGUUGGCUGAUGGAGCUCUUGUGGACUUUUUUUGCUCCAUGUACAGUGUAUCAUGUAAGGUACUAAAUAAUUUGUAUCAUUAUUUUCAUCCACCAGCCGAAUCCUGAUUCUCUAAAGAUAAAUCACAGACAUGCAGCAGCUGCAGUAAUUUCCUUAAAAUGAGAGUUUUUCUUUUGUUAAUGUGAGUAUGAAAACUACAUCAACUGUGGUGUAAAAACCUAUUAGUUAUGCUGUGUCGUACCAAUACUGUUGAUUGAUAGACAUGAUUUGAAAAAAAGAUAGUCUCUUGUUGCAAUAUCAACAUUUUUCAUCAGAGGUUUCAUUCAGACCUGGUAUUAACCUGCCUCCUGGGUAACUGGAUCAGAAGUGGAGAGUUCACAAUAUGCACUGUCAUGGAUCUGUAAAGGUGUUUCCAGAGACCACUUAUGAUUGGAUCUCAUCUUUCAACUGUGAAUGUAAUUAAACUGGGAGCUCCAUUCAACUUUAUUAGCCUUCAGUAUCAGAUAAUAAAGUGACGCUUGUAGCAUCGCCCCACGAUCACCUGCUGCUCUUAUCAUGGCGUGACUGGAUAAAGAACUUUGUUUAAUCAUGUCUGAUGUGGAUUAUCAUCGACACAAAGCAACUACAUGACAUGUCAUACCUGCUCUUCUCUUGUAUUAGUUAUCUGAAUCACCUAUCUAUUAUUAACACCAGCCAGCUUUUCUUUGAUAAUAUCUCUAACCCGCACUGUCUCACUGUCUUUGUCUCCAAUAUAAGAUGGUCACAUAUUCAUAUAUUGAAAUGAACUAAACAAAGAAGUACAGACAUCAUGCAGCUUGAAUAUUGAGCAUGCUUCAUUGUGUACUCACAUUCCUGCGACAACAUGAGUAAAUUUACAAGAUUUUUACCAGACAUGAGCAGCAGGCGGUCUGUUGCUCCAUAUAAUUGCUAAUGAAUGUAUUUAAUGUUGCCCAGGAAACAUUACGGUACACAACACUAAACCAAUUUAGAUAUAAAUGUACUGUAGACCACCCUGUACCUGGUCUAAGUGAUCAGAACCCAUCCCGUUGAGGUGUGGUCGUAACUGUGAUUGAGGCUUUCCACUUGUGAUCCAAUCACCCAGGAUGGAUGCUGAUAUCAGGUUUAGCUGCCAGAGUAACUCCUUGUUUAUUUUUCAUUUGUAUCUCAGUUGGCUCCCCUCCAUAUCAAGACAAGAUGGUGAGUCGAUGCAGGAGUUUGCCAAGAAAGUCCAAGAGGUAAAAAUCUGUUUUGUUCAGGCAUUAGAUCUGAUCAGAGAAUACAUAAAGUGUUAGAAGCCAGAGCAACUUGGUUCCCCUGGUCCCAGCACAGAUUUCUGUCAUGCAAAGUACCUGGAACUUGCUAAUCUUGAUAUUUUUACCAGUCAGAAACUGAAUUAUAUCUUCAUAUCCUCUGUACAGGUUUUAUAUCUAUAAGACAAAUGGCCUUGUCUGUUCCUUCCUCUGUGAUUAAACACUUGAGGUGUUUCUGAUGUAUGACUUUAAUUUCAGCUACUUGCCAGUGAACUUGGUGUGGUGUCCACCAAGAUCACAAAAGCAGACAAAGCAGAGCACAUUAAAAGGAAAAGACAUACCGCACCACAAACAUCAGCACGUGAGUAAAUAAGAUGAAGUCAGAAUUAAUGUAGCAGCUCUAAAUGAAGUCAAGAUUCAGUUAAUACGCUUUGAAGAUUUGGAUUGAUGUCAGCUGAUGUUUUUGCUUACUCCAGAUGUCAGGCCUGCGUCCAUUGGCCUUGGUUUCAUGGUCCAGAGUUUGGGCACUGAUGAUCACCAGAUCGUCAGAAUGGCCCAACAGGUGAAGGACGUGCUACCUCAUGUCCCAUUGAAUGUAAUCACCAAGGACUUAGGUAAGGCCCGGUUUCAAAUAUGUCAAUUUGUCCCACAACCCUGCCUUUAAAUUCAUUUUCUCUGAUUCUCUUAUUGUCUACUUUUUACUCUGCUUAAGCAAGAUACUUAAUUUAGCCACUGUUAUAACAUGAAUGCUCUACAAGCUGUCAUGCAUUGACAAUUGUCUCUUGGUUGUGUGCAGCAAAAACAAAUUGUGUUGAUGCAACCAUAACGAAUUUACUUGAGAACAAGGACGAGACCCAAAUGGAGGCGACUGAGACUUCAACAGAGUCGUCGAAGAACAGCUCCUUUUCUUCUGGUUCUGCUCCCACCAUCAAGGUUUGAUUAUUUUCGUAACUGCAGCUCCCUAACUGGGGAAUAAACUGCACAUUUAUAGUCAAUACAAAAUUAAUUUUUCUCGCAAUUUUGGAGGGUAUGAUCAUUUUCACAUAAGUCGUUAAAUAUGUAAAGUUUGAGUUAAGCUACUGGAUGUAACACUAAUUAAACUGUUUUCAAUUCACAGCCUGCUGCCAAAUCUUUCGGGAAAUCACCAGUUGAUCGGCAUCUGUCUCUCCAAGAGAGAAAAGAGGCACUGUAUAAUUUUGCAAGAAGGUAAAGUUGCUCUUGGCUGUAAUUUCAAGACAGAUUUUAAUCAAAAGAAGCAGGUUGCAGCAACAAUAGGGGUUAUGCUUCACAGGAAAAAUGUGAUUGUUUGGAUCUAAACUCGGAUACUUUGAGGCUCAUUAAAUGCACCACGUGUGCUUGGUCCAUGUUAACAAUGUAACACAGGUUAAUUAGUCUUUGAAGGAAAUACUAAUCACCGGUUUUGCUUUUUUCCACCUGUAGGCGCUAUAUUGAAAAACAUGGAUUGGAUCAAGAAGACUGAGCGCACUUCGGGUCAAGCCAUCAACAUGUCAGAGAGAAGCAUAAUAAACCUGCAUUGCUUUCUCAUUUGAAUGGUGGUUUUUAUAUAUAUGAAUAUAUUCUGUCAACAGGUUUGGAUAAAAGACAACUUUUGUUUGAUGCGAAAAAAGAAGACAAGUAUUCAGACCAUACAUUGAUGGAAUGGUAAUUCUGCACGUGUUUGAUUCGUCAUUCUGACCGAUACAUAAUUUUGAUAUCAAUUUGUAUUAUGAUCCACUGACUGUGAAUCAUGUAUUUAUUUUUAUAAUGUCCAGAGAUGUCAAUGAAAAUAAAGUUCAGUUUGACCGUAA